AUGUCCUUUGAAUAUCUAGACUUAUUGACCUUUACCCCUGCUGCUAACUUCUAUGGCAAUUUAGACAUCCCAGUGGUAUUAUACGAAGUUGAUGUACCUGGGAUCACCCCGGCUGAAUCUGCCGCCACCAUCAGCAUCAGCAUCAAUCCUGUGAACGACCCACCGAGCGUCUUUGUCUUCAGUGAUGAAGGCAACGUCCUUAAUGCAGAUCCAACACUUCCAAUUGAGAUUUACCCUGAGCAUGUUACUUUAAAUGACAGUAACAUAACAACAUAUAGAUGGGAGUUUGGGGCAUACGACUUUGACAUCGGCGACAACUUGACCAUAUACUUCACUCAGCCGACUAGCGGUAACCUCACCGUUGAUGACAUGAACACCAGAGUCCCCUGUUCGUACAAUACGAGCGGCAUCCCCUGUGCCAAGUUGCAACUGCCCCAUCCUGCCGACUCCCUCAGCUGGGUGUACACGACCUUCCAGUACCAACCUGACCCUGGUUACCAUGGUGAUGAAGAGAUCCGGGUUUAUGUCCAGGACCAGACAGGGGUGUACUCUGAUGUUAUCACCAUUAAACCAGGGAUUAUGGAGACACCAUGCAGAAAUGGUGGGAAAUGUAGAAGCAAAGAUGAAAGCUUGUACAACUGCACCAACUACCGCCGUGCUGAAGGUUUUGACCUCUACUAUGAGUGUGCGUGCGCACCUGGCUGGACCGGCAUGCAUUGCGAGGAAGAGGAUGACGUCAGUACGAUUAAGCCAGGUGUUAUGGAGACACCUUGUAAGAACGGUGGAACAUGUAUAAGUAAGGAUGAAAGGGUGUACAAAUGUACCAACUACAACAGUGCUGAUUCAGAAGGUAUUCAACUUUACUACGACUGUGCGUGCGCACCUGGCUGGACCGGCAUUCGCUGCGAGGAUUCUGAUGACGUCAGUACGGCUAAUCCAGUUGUUAAAGAGACACCUUGCAAGAAUGGCGGGACAUGUAAAAGCAAAGAUGAACACCUGUACAACUGCACCAACUACCGCCGUGCUGAAGGUUUUGACCUCUACUAUGAGUGUGCGUGCGCACCUGGCUGGACCGGCAUGCACUGUGAGGAUGACGUCAGCGAGUGCGGCAGUUCCCCAUGCUCCCCGCCGUACAUCUGCUACGACGACGUCAACAGAUAUAACUGCGCAUGUGCAAAAGAAAAUCCGAACUGUGAUGGGUGGCAGGCAUGGAUGAUCGGGCUGGUGGUGUUGGCGGGAAUAUUGAUAAUCAUCUUAUCCGUGCUGGCUUUGUAUCUGUGCAUGCUCAAACGAGGGUAG